AUGGUUAGUAUGGAUUUAAGAAUAUACUGCACAUUACCUACGACAUCUGCAAGCUGUGAGCGGGGCUUCAGCAAACUUAAAAUGAUUAAAACCUAUCUGCGUUCAACAAUGAUUCAGGAACGUCUAUCUGACCUCGCGAUCAGAGCCAUUGAAAAUAAAACUGCUUUUGAGACAGACUUUGGUGAGCUAAUAGAUUCUUCCGCAGAAAAGAAAGCACGCCGCGUAAAGCUGUGA